AUGUCGUUGAUCAGUAUGAUUCCGCUGGAGCUUCGUAAACGCCGGAUAGAACGUGCAGUUUUGACACAAUUUGGAGACCAACUUGAUGAUGCAGCACUACGAGAAUUGGCUACCGGGCCGGUCAUCCAGCGCCUUCAUUUAUCGGCAAAUCGUCCCGAUGGGUUGGAUGAGUGCACCCGUGAAAUGUUUUCUCUCGCCAUGCUUGUGAGACUAGGUAAGGUUUCUGAUCGAGACAUAAAGCAGACAUUCGCCGCCUUCCAACGCCUCGACUUGAACGAUGAGGGUGUUCUGAACAGUAAAAGCAUCAUUGCCGCGAUGAUUCAAAAACGACGAUUGGUGAAGCAAAAUCAGCAGUUUUUGCAGGCGUCUCACCUGCCCUACCAGCCACCCCCGCCGCCGCCAUUUGUUGCUCCUCCACUCCCACAGCACGUACAACAGGAUCCUAUAGGAUCCAUGCCACUGGGGCACAAUAAGGAUAUGCAGCAUCUUUGGUUUGGUCAGCGCGGAUCUAUGCACGUGGAUACGGCCGAGGGGCACCACUACAGAUUUCAGCGACCGGAAUUCGUACCGACGGAACAAUCGGCGCUGCUCCCACACUAUCCGACACAUCCACCGCAGUUGGUACAUCAGCAUCAGUACCAAUCGCCUGCCUUUCCACCAACUUACGCAAUGCCGCAGUCGCCGCUCUAUAGAUAUGCGGAACCACACGGUAUUGUACCCGAAUUUGCACCCCGAUCAUACCAGCAGCCACACCAGUCUCGUUGGCACGACCGGAACCGGAUGACGCACGAAAGCCCAUUCUAG